UCUUAACUUUUCAAUCAAUUAGGCGGAAGAAUAUUUCGAUCCCGAUUUACGGUGACUGGUCUCAAUCAAGAUGGCUGACAAGUGACAUUUGCGUGUUGGCUUUUUACGUGACAUGUUUCACCUUCUUACUGGUGGAAUUCCUCCGUUUGUGACAUUUCUGCCAUGCAAGCAGUCAUGUCGAUAGACGAGGUAGCCAGCAUGGUGCCUUCCACAAUCACCUGGCGUGAGCCGGUGGAGGUAGGCCAGGUGCGGGGAGUCGAGGCCGGAACGUCCCGGGCGACCGUGGAAUCUCCACGGGGCAGGGAAUCACCUGCGCACGGCAGUGGACACCUCUCCGACGGAGAUACACCUGCCUCGGCUAAAGUUGGUUCACGCACUCGCUUUUACUCCAGUGGUUCGCCGGGCCACGGCUACGGUGGACUCACCUCAAGCAGCUCUACCCCAAAUUUAUCAAGGGACCAAGACCAAGCCAAUGCCAUCACGGAAACCACGAAGAUUAUUGGAAUACAGGCAAGGUUACAAGAGAAACCGUUCGUCGGCGGGGGUGUGCCUGACUCGGUCAUGAUGCCGUCCGUGACGGAGGGAGUUUCACCAGGCAGCCCACAGGUUUCUCGCCAAACAAUUCGGUCAAGAGCCAGACCAAGACGAGCAGACGAGCCUGCUCCUUUUCUAAGUGUAGACAAUUUACCAGUUGACAAGGUUAUUGUUGAGGGCAAACCCCACUCAAAAUCAAGACAGUCGUCCGACUCUCCUCGCAAGCUAACAACUGCAGGCAAGAAACGCCCGGAUCCCCUCCUGAAUGGGGCGGGGCGCAAGACCCGUUCCCCUCCCCAAUCGGCCUACACCCCACCUGUCACCAGAUCACCCUCAAGAGCGCAAUCCAGGGGCACGCCUUGUACCACGCCGUACAACUACAAUUCAUUCUUUACGCACAAGAGUUCAGCAUUCCUGGCAGGCCCUCCCAACCUCUGGUCCAUGGGCAACAAGUACUGGCCCCAGCAUGGCACCCCGAAUGAUCGGCAGAAGCUGGCCCCUCUCCCUCAGAGCUUGGCAGCUGAGACGUUAGCCCCCAAACCAAAUGCUCAUGUCUCUCAGCCUUUCAAGCAUGAUGUGAAUGCUGAGGUGCCAGUGGAUCGCCCUGUGUCACCCAGCCAAGACCUGAAGGAACGUACCAUUUACGCACUGAGGGAGGUCACCCGGGUGUUGAAUCGCCAACAGUCCCCUCCGCAGAGCAAGAAAGGAGGAAGAUUACUGAAGGGAAGGUUAAAACCACUGCACACGUUCAAGCUCUCUGGGCCUGCAAUUGACAACUGUAAAGGCAUCCAACCAGAAGAAGGGGAUCAUGGACCUAGCGAGAGUCGGAUGCUGCAACGUAAGCGAGAACUUCUGAGCAUGCUCCCUCCUGAUAUAUUCCAGCCUCGUCCAAUGACUGGAGAGUCUGUCCAUCGCACGUCAGUUGUCUCCCAGCUGUCCACUGAUAGAGACAAGUUUCUUGAAGAACAUGUGGGACAAACUCAGGUAGGAACUGAGGAUGAAAUAUCCAAACUCAGCCAGGUCCUAUCUGGUGCCAGAAUGCCUCCAAAUAGCCUAGCCAGCCUCUCUGAUGAUAACGUCUCCUACCUCCAAGAUGCCCUGACCAGCCACAUUGACAUCCCAGAGUCACCCCAUGACAGGGAUGAAUCCCAGGAGGAGAACAGCGAGACCCAAGAAGACCACAGCAGAGUAAAUGAGAUCUCGGAGGCCUACGCAACCAGCUAUGAGAGUGGCAGCAAGAUAGAUCUCAGUUUCCAGCAGGUUGAGGAGGUCUCUGCUUCAGGAGAUGCACCUGUAAUCGAGGAGAAAGUCCAAGACGAAAAAGCUGGAGAGGACAAAGAAUCGUCUGUCAAGGAAGAGGUGAAGGCCACCAUGAGCGAUUACAUGAACGAAGGAGGGGCAGCCAGAGUUCUCAGUGACAUGGUCGAGAGAGUCACCAACAGUGCCAAGAAAAGCACAGUAGGAGGAGAUGCCACCCUGGACCAGAAGUACGAUAACUAUUUUGCAGACUCGGAGACUAGGUCAGACACGCCGACCAGCAGGACUGCGAGCAGCACUCUGAUGAGAAGGCAGAGCUCAAUGACUGACAUAGAGAUGGAUCAGGUCAGCUUUGAACUGACCGACAUGGUGUCCGAGGACGGUUUGGGGGAAGACGGAAGUGUCAAGCAAGCUGCCAAGCAAUCUAAUGCUGAACGCGGUUCCUUAAGCUCUUUAAGCAAAGCCAAAGUAACAAUUGAAGGAAACAAAAUAGCAAAUGAUGACACAGAGUGCCAAAGCAGGGACGAGGUUGUAACCCCAACUAACGAGGACUUUCAAAAAGACACUUCAUCAAAUUCAAAUUUGUCUGAGAAUUCAGUGAUGGACAAGUUAACACAAGAAAAUUCAAAGAAUAAGGACAUUAGGGAAAGUACAUUGUACAGGUACAUUGACAGUGGCCUUGUGGAAAAUGAGCAGAACUCAAUCACCAAUUUCAACACAGAUGCAGAUCAAGUCAUUCCACCUGCUAAAGAACCAAUAGAAGAAUUACAACAAAAUGGCAUUUCCAAGGACACUGCAAGUGAUCAUAGAACUGUUAAUGAUAAUGGCUUGGAACAGAAUGAAGAACAAAAACCAACAGACACAGAAACGGGAGUUUCCUCUGCUGAUGCCAAAAGUGAAGAAAAGUCGCUUACAACAGGAUCUACAAUCCAGGUCCAAGCAAAUGGUAAUACAGACACCACUGCUGGAGUUGAGACCACUGAAAACAAUUCAAAUUCCCCCAUAUCAAAAGAAGAAUUAGUGGCUGCUAAUCUAGAGGCUAGUGUAGAUAUCGUCACUAGUGUUCAAAUUGAAGUGACUGAACCAGAAUCAGGAACCACAUCCAAAGAAGUACCAGACGUGCUGGUUGAGCAAGAUGCAGACGUAAUUAGACAAUCAUCAGAUGCAAUCAUUAGCGACAGUGAACAGAAAUCAGAUGAUGUAAAAUUGGCUGAGGUACCGGUAGUUGAUGUUGCCACAGAGAACAAAACAAUCCAAAUUAAUGAAUGCAAUGGAGAAAGAACUGGUUUGCCCGAUGAUGAAUAUGAAAUACAAGCAAAAGAGGAGGACGGUAAUGAGGACACACAGGAUGAUGAGAGUAGUGGUUGUCAGGGUAAUGGUUUCAAGAAAGAUGACACAGAUCAGGAUGGCAAUCAGGGUGGCCAAGGCGGUGGUUCUCAUGGCCACAGCAGUGGCUCAGCUGGUGGGAAUGGAGGUGGUUCAAACACCAACGGUGACAGUGGAAAUGGGAAUGUGCAAAAUGAUCAGCCAUCGGGGACGGGGAGCACAGGUGGAGCUCAACAGAGAUUAUAUGAGACAUCGCACACAGAUAACCCCGCUGAUGUAGAACUUGAAACUGUGCAAAGAGAUCCUUUCAUGGAUGAUGUCAAUGCGAGGCUAGGUGAUAUCGCUAGUGAGGGUUACGAUGACAUCCCCGACAUAGAUGAACCAUUCCUCUUCUGUGGCAUAUGCGGCCUUGAUGAGGAUGUGUGUCUCUGUCCUCACAGCACAUUCGACAAAAAACUUGGAUCGUCGGGACACACGCUUAAAACCAAAUCUGCUUCAGCUGUAGUCAACGGCAAGCUUUCCAGCACAGAUGCUUCUAAAAGAAGCUACAGUGCUGUGGAAGGGUUGUGUGACUCUGAAAGAAAUAGAGGACAGAUCAACUCUUGGUGUCAGGAAGCAGAGAUUGAAGAGGAGUCAAUCCAAAAGCAUCUAAUUCUGGAAUACCAGUCCAUGAUAGAGAAACCAAGACACAAAGGUUUCUUGAGUGACGAGCUAACAUCUCCCAGAUUCAGCCAGGGUGACUAUAUGAUUCUACAGGGUACCGGAAUGAAGUGUGCAUCCAGGCAGUCAAGUGCCUCGAAGAGACCCCAGAGUUUUCUCUCGGAGUUUGAAUUCCGAGAUCACAGAACUGACCACUCUCUGGACGGAUCAAGGUUGUGUAAUGGCACAGAUGAGCCGAAUGAUCAGUUGAAGAUGGCUGGUGACAGUGGGUGCUCGAGCGAGAUGCAGAGUAGAGUAGCCGAUCAAAGUGAGCAGUCACCCAAACAAAGUGAAGCUUUGCUGACUGACAAAGAGAUCAGAGAUCUUAAUCCAGUAGAUAAGGUCGAUUUGCAUCAAUCAAGUCCUGAGGCAGAAACCCUUGAGGUAGUGGCCAAGCCGUUGCCUAAACCAAGGUUUCCCAAGGACACUAUUUUUCCUGCUGCCAGUGUCCCUGCCCCUCUGUGCUUCAAAAUCAAUGCCAAACCACCACCAGGGUUCCUUUACUACUUUGCAUAUGGAGCCGACAUGAACAAGAACAGAUUGACUUCCUAUAUUGGCAGAGAGGCAGACCAUAGACUCUGGGGCGUCUUGUUUGGCUUCCAGUUAACAUUCAACAAAAGAGGUGCAGAUUUGGAAGCUGGUGGAUUCCCCAACAUUGCCUUCAGUCCAGACAGCUCAGUGGAAGGUUGUGUCUAUCUCAUAACGCCCUCAGAGCUGCAGAAAUUGGAUCGACACAUUGGAUGCCCAAAGUUUUACACCAAAGCCAUGUUUCCAGUAUGGAUGAUGAACUGUGCUGAACCGAAUGAACUGGGUGUGGCCCAGUACUGCAUCCCUGCCCUGACCUAUGUAGCUCAAGACAAGUGGACCCUGAGUCAAGAAGAAAAACAACUAGUUGAAAGUGACUACAGCGUUGGCCAAUGCUUAAAAGGAUCGGACCUACUGACGCCGUCCUACGUCCAGCAUAUUUCCAGUUUGCGAGUGCACUGACCGUGAAUAAUUCAUACUGUCAUAAAUGUUUUAUUGUGAUUAUGAACAAAGAACAAAACAGCAUUAUAAGGUGAGCAGAAAUUUGUUGUCUAAAUACUAUUUGAAGUCCUUUCUUGCUUCAACAAUUUUUCAGUUUCAAAGGGGAACAAUUGUCCCCUUUACCCUAUCCAAGGGCGUUGGUGGCCACUAAUCAGCCUAUGCCAAGCAUUUUGGGUAGGUCAUCAUGCACAUGCUGAUUUAUUAUACAGGCAUCACUAAGUAAAUAAUAUUUGUCCAAUGAUGGCUCGAAGAAAGUUGAUGGCACCAGCACUCUCGGAUUGUGCAGUU